AUGCUAGCGGAUGCCUUGAAAUCCUCCUUUGCGCAUUUGGCGCACCCGAGUCCCGUCCAAGCCGCGACUGCGCCAACCGCCAAAACACCAUCGUUUUCUGUCUCGGAGUAUCGAUCCUCGGACACCACUUCUGUAGCGGACUACUUCAACCGCUUUGAGUGGGCUCUUCAAUUGAGUAAUAUCCCUGAAGCACAAUACGCUCAUUAUACUCGAGGGCAUAUGGGUGCGGAACUGAACAAUGCCGUCAAGUUCCUGGUGAGUCCAAAUAACCCGGCAGAUGUCCCGUAUGAUGAGCUCCGAAAGACGUUAGUCGACCACUUCGACCAAGCUAAGGAUAAGUACGUAGAAAGCAUCAAAUUCCGGGAAAUCAUACAGCAAAGAGCUACUCGCAACACAACCAAGGAAGUGCAAAUAGCCAGAUCAUUGUUGACACCAGAAGCAACCAACAAACUUGGCUACGAGCGGCCAAAGACACGGAGAGUACAUCCUAGCAGCUCAUCCUCGUCGUAUCUACAAAUGUCACACAAACCGAAUUACAACGAAAAAACAUCAUUCGACCAGAGUGUGUGUGGUGGAUGUGGCGGUAACCAUCCACGCAACAAGUGUAAGUUCCAGAGCGCGACGUGCUUCAACUGUGGGAAGACAGGCCACAUCUCUAAAGUCUGCAGAGCACCAAAGCGGAAUUUCCACGAUCAAUCGACCUCACAGGUACAAUCGGAGGAACCUGCCAUGCAAGUAGACGUCGUGCAGUCUCUGGACAAAAUUCAUUCCAUCGCCACGUCUGUAAAGCGAGUCAUUAACGUCAUCAUCGACGGACGGAUGCUAGAAAUGGAAGUGGAUACCGGAGCUCCUUGCGGAAUCAUCAGUGAAGCGCAAUUACGGACGCUCAAACCCUCCUUUACAUUGUUACGGACAGAUCUAAACGUCAGCAUCGGGAAAACGACACGAAAGCUGGAUUUGUACGUCGUGUCCGGUGACUAUGAUACGCUGUGUGGAAGAGAAUGGAUUGCCAAAUUUUCGGGUGAACUGGACCUGAAUGAGCUAUUCGCCCAAAACGACGCGGUGCAUUCACUUGUACCUACCGCUCCUGUGUUACUGAAAAAACAACAACAAGCUCUAUCGCAGUUGUUGGCAACUUAUGAAGAUGUCUUCAGCGAAACUCCCGGUAAGCUAAUAGGACCUCCCGCAUCAGUGCAUCUGAAAUCGGGGACAGUUCCAGUCUUUGCCAAAGCUCGUGACGUUCCGCUGGCAUUGAGAAGCCAGUAUGCCCAAGAAAUCGACAAAAAGCUAGCUGCUGGUGUAUACGAGAGAGUCGACUAUUCUGAAUGGGCGUCCCCCACCCACAUCGUAGUGAAGAAAAACGGGAAACUACGCAUCACCAGUAACUACAAGCCAACAGUAAACCCCCGGAUGAUCAUCGACGAACACCCGAUUCCCAAUAUUGAAUCAAUCUUCCACCGAAUUAAGGGAGCGAAUCUAUUCUGUCAUCUAGACGUGACGGAUGCGUACACUCAUCUAACCAUCGACGCGGAGUUUCGACAUAUCCUCAAAUUGAACACACCAACACAUGGGUUGGUCCGUCCGACACGAGCAGUAUACGGAGCAGCGAUCUGGCAACGUCACAUGGAAGCUAUGCUUCAAGGUUUGUCCAAUGUGAUUAAUUUCUUUGACGACGUUAUAGUCUUUGCAGACAACUUCGAGAACCUGCUAAUUGCACUCACAGCAGUUUUCGACAGAAUGAGGCACCACGGUUUACGCUUGAACCGAUCUAAAUGUGUGUUCGGCACCCCAGUCCUUGAGUGUCUGGGUCACAAAAUCGACAUAAACGGUUUGCACAAAUCGGACCAACACAUCGAAGCCAUUCGCAAUGCACCCCGCCCGACCAGCGCAGAUGAGUUACAGCUGUUUUUGGGAAAAGCCACAUAUCACAACGCUUUCAUUCCCAAUCUCUCCACCCGAUCUCGUUGUUUGCGAGACAUGCUGCAAGAGGAAUCAUUCGUGUGGGAGUCAGAGCGAAUUGCCGCUUACGAAGACAUCAAAACAGCGCUCAUCUCACCGCAGGUCCUAAUGCAAUAUGAUCCGGACCUUCCCUUGAUCUUGGCCACGGACGCCAGUAAAACUGGUUUAGGCGCAGUUCUCUCCCACCGACUGGAAAGUGGCCUGGAACGACCGAUCGCUUACGCAAGCUGUGCUAUGUCUCACACUGAACAGCGCUACCCACAGAUAGAUAAAGAGGCUCUAGCCAUCGUAUGGGCAGUCAAAAAGUUUUUCAAUUACCUAUACGCUCGCAGAUUUACACUGGUCACCGAUAGCAAACCACUGAGUCAAAUUCUACAUCCGACGAAGUCGCUUCCAAUUUUGCACUUCAAUUUUGAUGUUGUGUUCAAAUCUACGAAACAGAACGUUAAUGCAGAUUACUGCUCUCGAAUACCUCAACUACUAUCAAGAUGCGAGGUUAACAAAAUGUUUUGUUGUGAGGCUAGAGAUAUUGGCGAAGACGAACUCGAUGUUUUUGCUAUUCAUCAGGUCGAACAACUACCAAUUCGCGCCGAGCACAUCGCUCGUGAAACGCGCAAGGAUCCUAGCCUUGGUGAGAUCGUACAGCUGUUGGAAGCCGGCACCGAUGUAACCCGAUCUGGAUACAAAUCACCAGAGUCGAAUUCAAUGCUGCUGAUUGUAGUCGACGCCUACAGUAAGUGGUUGGAGGUCAAGGUCACCACCUCUACCACUGCAGAAACAACUAUUGGAGUUAUGGACGAGCUGUUUUCCCGAUACGGAGCACCAAUCACAGUUGUAUCUGAUAAUGGUCCUCAAUUUACGGCCGGCGAAUUCAAGCUGUUUUUGCAAAAAAGUGGAGUGAAGUUUCAUAAGCUGUCAGCCCCGUACCAUCCAGCAACAAAUGGUCAGGCCGAACGAUAUGUUCAAACGACGAAGGAUGCACUCAAGGCCAUGGGAACAACUGCAUCUAAUUUGCAAUCGAACCUGAAUAACUUCCUGCAGCAGUAUCGUUUGGCUCCACACGCAACCACCGGAGAAUCGCCUGCCAAGUUGUUUCUUGGUCGAACCCUCCGCACACGAUUAGAUCUUCUGAAGCCAGACAGCGUUCACAAGAAAGUUACGAUAAAACAACAAGCCAAUUUCGAGCGUACUUUUCGGCAAUUCUGUGUGGGUCAAUCAGUUUACUUUCUGUCUGGAAACUCUCGAAUGGACAAAUGGAUCCGUGGUGUAAUUGGGGAACGAGUAGGUGAUCUGCACUACGAAAUCGACUAUGCUGGGAAACGGUAUAAGCGUCAUAUCGAUCAAAUUCGUUCGAGACUCGAUGUAAACGGGCGACUAAUGGAUGAAGCACCAGGAGCUAAGGAGAUUAGCCAGCAAGACACGCCACCACGAGCAACAGUUGUAAUUUUCGACGAUGAUAUUACAGGUUCGAGGGAACCAUUAACUCCUGUAAUUCCGAGAAAUUCAAGAAGUGUUCUAGCCGAACCAUCUUCUCCAGAAUUCCACACACCAACCGGUGGCCCGGUUCAUCAAGAGGCAGAUUCACCUCUCUUCACCUUACGUCGUUCGACAAGAUCUCGCCGCCCUCCCGUGAAGUACACCCCGUAG